ACGGAAGAGGAGAGGCUGCGGGUGGUAGUUUAGCCCUGUGGACAGAGCGAGCGAGAGACCGAGAGAGAGCGCACGGACAGUGUCGCCGUUACUGUCAGCGGAUGGAACAGUUCAGUCAUCACUGGACAGUGUACAAGUAACUUACAGACAGUAGCCUCGCGUCUUCCAAUUUACUUUUAUUUAUGUUAUGAAACGAAGAGAAGUAGAAUUAAAUCCUGCUACUAUACCUAGUUUCGUUUUCAUCGUUUAUAUGAUAAAUUGACAACGGACACAAUGUUGUAUUAGUGCGUUCUAUUGAUUAUACUCCAAUCGGAUUCCUAUUCGUCGCGUAAGAUUUGUUUGAUCUCAAACCUAAAUGGAGUAUUGGAGGCAGUGCGCAUUAUGGUUGAUCAACUGCAAGAUGCUUGCACCCGACCAUCGGGUAACAUGGGAGUCUGCUCAGGUAUUCGACCUGGCUCAGACCCUCCGAGAUGGAGUGCUCCUGUGUCAACUUCUCAACAACCUCCGACCCCAGUCCAUCAACCUCAAAGAGAUCAACCUCCGACCUCAGAUGUCACAGUUCCUGUGCUUGAAGAACAUCCGGACGUUCCUCGCUGCGUGCUGUGAGACGUUUGGCAUGAAGAAGACUGAGCUCUUUGAGGCCUUCGACUUGUUUGAUGUGCGGGACUUUGGAAAGGUUAUGGACACAUUGUCCAAACUGUCCAGCACUUCGAUUUCAGAACAAACUGGAAUAAAGCCUUUUCCUUCAGAGGAGAGUCUAGAAGAAGACGAGGACAUCUAUAACCAUCUGGUGGAUCUGAUUGAUGAGAAAGGUGUGGAGGAUGAGGAGGAUCUUUAUGACUGUGUCUACGAUGAUGAAGACGGAGGAGAGAUCUAUGAAGAUCUGAUGAAGGCUGAAGCCGUCCCUCCUCCUCUGAAGCAGGUAGAGCCGGACAUCAGGAGCUGCUGUCUGACAGAGAUCAAGCAGACUGAGGAGAAGUACACAGAGACUCUGGACUCCAUAGAGAAGUAUUUUAUGGCACCUCUUACCACCUUCCUGUCCUCGGAGGAGAUGGAGAAAUUGUUUGUCAACAUUCCGGACCUGGUUAAAGUUCACAAGAGUCUCAUGGUGGAGAUCCAGGACUCUGUCCACCAUAAAAGUGCUCAGAACAUCUACCAGAUCUUCAUCAACUACAAAGAGAGGUUGCUAAUAUAUGGGAAAUACUGUAGCCAUGUAGAAACGGCCGUUAAUGCUUUGGAUGUCAUCUGCAAAGACAGGGAAGAUGUCCGAAUGAAGCUGGAGGAAUGUGCAAAGAGAGCCAACCAUGGCAAGUUUACACUGAGAGAUCUGCUGGUUGUCCCUAUGCAGCGGGUACUGAAGUAUCCCCUUCUUCUACAGGAAUUAGUGAAACACACUCACGACGCGGCUGACAAGAGCAAUUUGCGGCUGGCGCUGGAUGCCAUGAAGGACCUGGCCCAGUACAUCAAUGAAGUGAAGAGAGACAACGAAACCCUGAGAGACAUAGCCCAGUAUCAGAAAUCCAUUGAAAACCUUAAUCAGUCUCUUAGUGUGUAUGGCAGACCAAAAGGAGAUGGAGAGGUACGCUUCGCCUCAGGCGACAAACGUGCCAAACAGGACCGGCACAUCUUCCUGUUCGAUGCUGCUGUCAUCGUCUGUAAGAGGAGAGGAGACAACUACGAGAUGAAGGAGGUGAUCACCCUGCAUCACUUCAAGAUCACUAACAACCCCACGUCAGACAAGGAGACCAGAAAGUGGUCCUAUGGGCUCUACCUGGCACACAACCAGGGGCAGAGCGGCUUCGAGUUCUUCUUCAAGACCAAGGAGCUGAGGAAGAAGUGGCUGGAGCAGUUUGGCAUGGCCAUAUCCAACAUCCGUCCAGAGAACGGCACCAGUAACUUCCACGAGUUCAAGAUGCACACCUUUGACAGAAUCACAUCCUGUAGCUCCUGCCAUAUGCUGCUAAGGGGUAUCUUUAACCAGGGGUACCUGUGCUCCAAGUGUGGUGUUGGAGCCCAUAAGGAAUGUCUGGGGAGGUUUGGCAGCUGUGGAAAAACAGAUCCGGGCUCCUUGAAAACACAGGACAAAUCCGUGCACGGACAGCGCUCAGAUCCAGCCUCACCCCUACACUCCCCCUACCUCCCCCCUACUCCCAGCCUCACCCGUACACUCCCCCUACCUCCCCCCUCCUCCCAGCCUCACCCCUACACUCCCCCUACCUCCCCCCUCCUCCCAGCCUCACCCCUACACUCCCCUAACUCCCCCUCCUCCCAGCCUCACCCCUACACUCCCCCUACCUCUCCCCCCCCUCCUCCCAGCCUCACCCCUACACUCUCCCUACCUCCCCCCUCCUCCCCGCCUCACCCCUACACUCCUCCUACCUCCCCCCUCCUCCCAGCCUCACCCCUACACUCCCCCUACCUCCCCCCUACUCCCAGCCUCACCCCCUCACCCCUACACUCCCCCUACCUCCCCUCCUCCCAGCCUCACCCCUACACUCCCCCUACCCCCCCCUCCUCCCAGCCGCACCCCUACACUCCCCCUACCUCUCCCUCCCCUCCUCCCAGCCUCACCCCUACACUCCCCUACCUCCCCCUCCUCCCAGCCUCCUCCCAGCCUCACCCCUACACUCCCCCUACCUCCCCCUCCCAGCCUCACCCCUUAUAA